UGUUGCGCUCCAAUCGCCAAACUGCCGCAGCAGAAGGAGAAAGUCUGACGUGAAUCCCCGAGGUUUAGCCACUUCUGCGCGGAUGGAUAUUAAAGAGUUCGGAGACGAGUCUUCCGAGGGAGACACGGAGGAUCUGGACAGCCUGAAAGCGCUGACGGAGAAGCUGAAGUUACAGACCCGCAGACCAUCUUAUCUGGAGUGGCAGGAGCGGGUCCAGAGUGGACCGUGGAAGGAAAGGAAUUCAGCAGAGAGCCCGGACUCUGGAGAGCAAGUCGUCUCCAUGCCUGCACUCCUGAAAAAUGAGAAGUCAGAGCUGGUUGUGCGCAACAUCUGUGGCUUUGAUACUAUUGAUGAUGCGUUGGAGUUUCUGAGGAAAGAGCUGAGGGAGAUGCAAGUUCAGGACAACCGUCUGGCCCGCCAGCUCAUCCGUCUGCGAGGGGAGAUCCACCGGCUGAAGGUGGAGCAGGUGUGCGACCGUCACAAAGAGAUGCUGGACGAUGCCACGUACGAGCUGGAGGAGUGCGGAGAGGAGUCAGACCUGCUGUGUGACAUCCCCAUGAAGGCUGCCUUCGCAUUGUCCACCCCUCUCAAACACCUGGGCCUCACCAAGAUGAACAUCAACUCCAGACGUUUCUCACUGUGUUAAAAAAAAACCACAAGCCUUACUCACACUACUGAGGAUGUGCCUCCUCUGUGUUUGUGUAGACAUGUAAUUAGGGUUGUUUCCUCUUUGGGAGGUGUUGCAGGGUCAGAGUGAAGAGUGGCUGCCAGAUACUGGUGCCAAGAGUAAAAAUUUAAUGUGUGCCUUGGCUUGAUAUGCAUGAGGAAGCCUCAGAGUGUAGGCCUGUAGGGGCACACACCUUUACUACCAACACAGCUUCCUGCUGGACAGAGUCUGGCUGCUCUGCUGUUGACUCAUCUUCACACAGUACAGAGAGAAUGAGAGAAGACUAGACUGAAAUGUGAGGUGGAAUGAGCACUGUGUCAGAUAUCAGAUAGCAUCAAGGUCAUUUGGUGUUGCCAAAACAAAGUUUCCGGUGUGUCAAAGAAGUGCACAGGGAGAGUAGAAAUGUUUUGAUGAAAUAGUGUCAUAGGAGAAGAAGAAAUCUUAAUUUUGGGACACAAAAUAGAGAUUUUUCAGAUCAUUCGCAUUUCUUUACAUCAGUGGUUCCCAAUUUUAUUCAAUGAUUUUUUUUUUAUUCAAGCAGUGCUACUUUAACUUCAGUCAUCUCAGGGCAUUUCUCAUGGUAAGGUCAAGACUUUACGACAAUAUGCAAUGAAAAGAAAGCCAACAGUUCCCUUUGAGCAGCUCUUUAGCAACAGCAGGAAGCAAAAUAAAAUGCCCUUCAGCUAGUAAAAACCUCCAGCAGAAGCAGGCUUGAGGAGGACAGCCAUCUGCCUCGACCGGUUCAGGUGACCUGAACUGAUCACCUGUUUAGCGUGACGCUAAACAGGAGAGAAAUAAGGAAAGCAGAAACAAAUAGCACAUAAGAGAACAAUGGACACUGGGGAGGUUAGUGAGGCCAGUAACAAAAGCAGAAGAUACCUGCAAGGAGGACAAAAUUAAACAUCUAAAGAAGAGAGGAAAGAUAAAGUUAGUGAUAUUCAGUGGUGGCUUAUCCUAUGGUCAGAGAGCGAAGGAGAUGAGAGUAGAGAAGAGGUGCUCAGUGCAUCAUGGGAAGUCUGCCGGCAGUCUGGGCCUAUAGCAGCAAAACUAAGUGAUGGAUCAAAGUCACCUGAGCAGCUCUAACUAUAACUUAGAAGUCAUAAUGCUGAUCUGGGAGGCCUUGAGGCAAUUAACGGAUAGGAACUACAAAAACCCCAGAUUUUUCCUUUCAAAUCAUUUCACUUCAAAACUCUGGCUGCAGUGGUUCCAUGCAAUGAUGGAAAGCCACACUCAGACAGGCAUUGCUUCAGUUUAAGAGGUCAAAAGUGUAAAAGUUGGGAGCCACUGCUAUGAUGAAAUCAAAAAGUAUGACGGCAGUGCUUCUGAAAUGUUCAGCAGCACUUUAGAGUAAACAGUGACUUUUAAAACAAAAACAUGCUCCAAGCCCUCAUCAAACCAUUGUCUCUAGCAGUGACCUCACAGGAAGCAGGAGGUCACACUCCAGCAUUUUUACACCUCUUAUUCACAAACCUAAAAUUUCCCUGCAGCCUCUCCGACGUAGUGACAGGACCCAGCAGGCUGUGUGCCUCAUGCAUUUUGCAUUUUCCAUUACCAUGUCCAGAUGCUGCAGAGAACAGAUUACAAGCUAUAUAUGGCUGGACAGAGACCAAGUGUAUGUUGUUGCUCAGUGGAAAAUGCAGUACAAGAUAAAUGAUAUGUAGCUCAGUAAAAACAAGUAAGAAGAAUGAAUGUUUUCUUUUUUACAUUUGGAUAUAUAAAUGUAUAAAAGUUUUAAUGAAAUUUUUAUGACUGUAUGCAGAUUGUUAAAUCGUGCUACUGUAAUAUGAAUAUGAAUGUACCAACCUGACGAAUAUAAAUGCAAAAUGCCGUAAAAUCUAAA